AUGUCUCUUUCCUUUGGCGUGUGGUUCUCUACUGUCAUUUUUCUCCUCAGGAUUCCCAGAGAUCAAUGUGCAGAUAUAAUCGGAGGGAAAGAAUCAAGACCGCACUCAAGACCGUAUAUGGCCUUUAUCAAAGAACCAGGAACAUGUGGAGGAACGCUGAUCAAACCAAACUGGGUGUUAACAGCAGCUCACUGUUCUGUGGAUAAGACAACCAAAGUUAUUCUUGGAGCCCAUUCGCGAACCAAACGUGAGCCUAUGCAACAGUCCUUUACAGUCGUUAAAAGUAUUUCUCACCCAUGUUUUGACGCGAAGACAAGAGAAAAUGACCUUAAGCUUCUGCAGCUUAAUGAACCAGCAAAGAUUAAUCACCAUGUGAAAACUGCUAAGCUUUCCCAAACUGGCAUAGACAUCAAGGCAGGAACACAGUGUCUAGUAGCUGGUUGGGGAAUUACUCGCAACGGAAAGAAGGAAGCAUCUGAUGUGCUGCGUGAAGUUAAUGUAACAAUCAUUGACAGACGCAUCUGCAAUGACAAGAAACACUAUAAUUCAAACCCUGUCGUGACACUGAGUAUGGUGUGCGCUGGUGACAAGAAAGGAGGGAAGGAUUCAUGCCAGGGUGAUUCUGGAGGUCCUCUGAUGUGCAAUGACCAACAAAGAGGCAUCGUCUCCUUUGGUGGAACAUCAAAAUGUGGUGAUUCACGUUACCCUGGUGUCUACACGCUUCUCACAAAGACCUACCUACAAUGGAUAUGGAAAACCAUAGGGGGAGACUUAUAG